CGUCGAGCAGUGCGGCGCUUGUGAGUCGGUGCGACCUACGCGCGCACCUGUAGCGCGUCCCCGGGCGCGCCUGAACGCUGCUACCCAUUGCUGCUGCGAGGCACAGCGAAAGAGCGCGUUUCCGUAACCCACGGACCCGCCCACACAGAGCAGCACAGAGCCAGAGCUUGCCCUUCUCGCGCGGCGCGAGACGCCGCGAGACGCCGCGAUUCACGCCGAGAUGGCACCCGCCAGCACCGACGCGGCCCCGCGCGGCCGCCCGCUCACGUUGAUACGAUGCGGCGACGCGACGGACGAUUACGCGUUCGUGCUCGACGAGGCGUGUUUGGACGAGGUGCUGAAGAAGGUACCGUCAGGGAGGAAGGUCGCCGUCGUCUCGGUGGUCGGCGCGUUCCGGACGGGCAAGUCCUUCCUACUCACGCUCGUACUAAGAUAUCUCCGGGAGAAGGGCGGCCGAGACUGGCUUGAGAAAGGUGGUACCUUGUCAGAAGGCAACGCGAACGAAGGCGUGAAUUCCCAGAAGGACGCGUUCGAGUGGCGCGGAGGGAGGAACCGCAUGACGACGGGCAUCACUGUUUGGUCGGAGCCCUUCGAGGUCACCAGCAACAAGGGUGAAUUGUUAUCGGUGAUCAUCCUGGACACCCAAGGUUUAUUUGAUAACGAGACGCCGAUGGGCCUCACGUCGUGCAUCUUCGGCUUAUCUACACUCAUGUCCUCAUUUCAAGUGUACAACGUGGCCAAUCGCAUCCAGGAGGACAACCUGCAGCAGCUAGCUUUGUUCACGGAGUACGGGCGCAUGGCUCUGGAUGCGCAGCGCCAAGCUAGAAAAGAAGCUUCGUCCAUUAAGAAGGACCACGCCCUGCAGAGGAAUGAGGAGCGUAGACAGGAAUUGAGAGAAAAGGUCAAGGCAGCCCGCGCGUGUGACGGUUCAUUGGACAAGGUCAAACAACUCGAGGCGGAAUUAGCCAAGGAGAGCGUCGUCGAAGACGACGCCUUCGAGGAGCCGCCGCCGCCCUUUCAGCGGCUGGAGUUUCUCGUCAGGGACUGGACGGAGUUCGAGGACUCACUAAGUGACACAGACAUGGAGCAACAGAUGAAGACCUAUUUAGAUGAGGUCAUGGCUGCUAGGCACGCGAACGACCUCCAGUUCACGAGAGAACAGAUCACGCAGUGCUUCGUGAGUAUUGGGUGCCGGUUGCUGCCGCAUCCCGGCUUUGCUGUUACUUCGAAAAAAUACGAUGGUUCUACGGCUGCGAUAGAACCGUUGUUCAAAAGAUGCGUGGACCGGUUCAUGCGAAGCGUUUUUUCGGAUUUGGAGCCGAAAUCCAUCAACGGUUCUGAGUUAACAGCAUUGGAAUUGGGCAACUACGUCCGAGCGUAUGCGGCCAUGUUCUCGGGCGGCGCUAAUAGGUUCCCGCAAGCGCGGACCAUGCUCGAGGCCACGGCCGAGGCGAACAAUAGGAACGCUAGAGCGAAGGCUCUGGAAGCGUAUUGCGCCGAUUUAGAUUCGAAGUGCGGCGCGGGGCCCGGUGUGUCGUAUUUAGAACCUAGGGAGUUCCGCACGGUCGAGAAGCGCGCUCGUUCCGAUGCGUUGUGUGCCUUUGAUGCGAUGGCCACCAUGGGCCGGAAGGCGUCGAUCCUCGAGACGCGGGCGUCUUUAGACUUGGAACUAAGCAAAGCGAGGGACCGGUUCCGCCUCAUGAACGACGCGCGGAAUCCCUUCCGCAACGUCGAGUUCUACGUCCUGCCGAUGCUUGUGGCAGCAGGGUCGUUCGUGGCCAGGCGGGUCACGGACUUCCUCUGCCCGAACGACGAAACUUUAUUGGCGCGGACCUGCGAUAGGGCCGAGGACGCCUUCGACCACUUGUAUGGCGGCGUCGUCUUCUUGAUGCUGCUCUUCGCGGCGCAGCGGCUCGUGGCGAUGAAGAAGUACCUCAAGGUCGUCGGCGCGGGGCUACUUGAUGGCGGGGUGAAGCGCGACUAAUCUUCUUGUGUGGCACUUUGUCCUUUUGGCG